GAAAAUGCUGUAAAAAAAAAGUCAUGAGGAAAAAAUGUCACCUAGCAACCAAAGCUUGAACAGAAGCUCCACACUGACCAGCAGAGACAGAGCAAGCAAAAGAGCUGGGAGGAGGCAUGAGCAACGUGUUUAAAGACUGAUUGUCUGCUGAUCUGGUGCUGAUCUCAGUCCUGUUACAGCAGGUGAUCUAGGUGCAGAGGUGGUCUCAAACUAAGCUUUGCGUUUUUGUCAAACUUGCUUGCACAGAACUUGGUUUGCAAGGUCAUGUGUCCACUGCUACUUAUCUUGUUCGGUCUCUUCCUCCACACCUUCCUCCCGAAUUCAUCGCAAGUGCCGAGACAGAAAUUCUGAAACUCCGUGUUUGCACCCUGGUGACAGAUCCGAGAUCUGGAACAGGCAAAAUGGUGCAGCAUAAGUGGGUGGUGCUCACCCUGCUAUGGGCAACGCAUCCUGCUUGGCCGCCGCCGCCCCUCCAGAUUAGGUUGCCAUUUCUCCCUUCUUUAGGUUGUCUCCGUGUGGCGCUCGGUGAGGGCGACAGCGCUCCUGCGGACCGUGUGUGCCAGAAUGCUAUCAAUGAGGUCACUGAGCGCCCCACCGUGCCGGGCCAGCCUCGCAGCAAACACUGCCAGCGAGAACUACCCACUUCCGCACGACAGGCGCUUGCCGCCCCUACUGGACUCGACAGCCCAGGCAGAGCAGCAAGCCUGCAACCCUCAUUCGGGGAGUCUCCCUUGCAUUGCGACGACCGCGGCCGUACCCGCCCACCCUUUUUACCCCACCGCGCUCCGCCCCGCCGGCGGCUCCGGGCCCGCCCAGGUGGAGGUACUCCUACCGCCCCUCCGGACUUGGGGGCCUUGCCGCCGCCACAACUGCAUUCUGGCCCGGCCUGGCGUCGGGAGGGGAGGGAGGAGGAGGGGAGAGUGAGAUAGAGGGAAGGGAGGAAGGAAAAAAGAAAGGGAGGUGAGCUGAGGUGCCGUGCCCUGCAAUGCCGCCUCCGCUGGUCGGCUUGUCUCUGCUUUCUGCAGCCGGUGUGGAGGCAGCCCCCAACAGGGAUCCCGAAAUGCUGAAAGUCACCAUGCCCUCCUCUUCAUCCUCCUCUUCAUCUUCCUCCGGCUCCUCGGCCGCCGGCCGCCCCGAAUCCGCCACGCCCGACUACUGGAUCGAUGGUUCCAACAAAGACACCUUGGCCCACUACUUCGAGCUGGAGUGCGAGCUGGGACGUGGAGCUACAUCCAUUGUCUACAGAUGCAGGCAGAAAGGGACGCAGAAACCUUACGCCGUCAAAAUGUUGAAGAAGACAGUAGAUAAGAAAAUUGUUCGCACAGAAAUUGGAGUUCUUCUUCGCCUCUCACAUCCAAACAUUAUAAAACUGAAGGAGAUAUUUGAAACCCCUACAGAAAUCAGUCUUGUUCUGGAACUGGUCACAGGUGGAGAACUAUUUGACAGGAUUGUGGAAAAAGGUUACUAUAGUGAACGAGAUGCUGCUGAUGCUGUUAAACAAAUCCUGGAGGCAGUUGCUUACCUACAUGGAAAUGGGAUUGUGCAUCGUGACUUGAAGCCAGAAAAUCUACUCUAUGCAACACCAGCACCAGGUGCACCACUAAAAAUUGCUGACUUCGGACUUUCCAAGAUUGUGGAAGAUCAGGUGACCAUGAAGACAGUUUGUGGGACUCCAGGGUAUUGUGCACCAGAGAUACUACGGGGAUGUGCCUAUGGCCCUGAGGUGGACAUGUGGUCUCUGGGGAUUAUCACCUACAUCCUACUUUGUGGUUUUGAACCAUUCUAUGAUGAAAGGGGAGAUCAGUACAUGUUUAAGAGAAUCCUGAAUUGUGAAUAUGACUUCGUGUCCCCUUGGUGGGAUGAUGUGUCUCUGACUGCCAAGGAUUUAGUUAAAAAGUUGAUUGUCUUAGACCCCAAGAAACGCCUCACUACUCUACAGGCUUUGCAGCACCCAUGGGUCACAGGGAAAGCAGCAAACUUUGCACAUAUGGACAAUGCACAGAAGAAACUUCAAGAAUUCAAUGCCCGGCGCAAGCUUAAGGCUGCAGUAAAAGCUGUGGUGGCAUCAACUCGCCUCGGCAGUGCCAGCAGUCACAGCGCACAUGACAGCAACAAGCACAGCUCUAACCCAUCUCCUGUCCAUGAUGGCAAACCUGAAAAGAAACCAACUCAGGAAGCAGAAGCAGCUGUAGAAGAAAUGUCUUAGGUCAAUAUGUUUCCUUGUUUCAGCUGAGAUCUGUCAUUUCAUACAACAGCUAACUUGUCAUUCAGCAAGAGAGAUGGGUAAGCUUGGCAUCUCUGGUUCUGCUUUGGUGUACCAGAUGCACUGGCUGGUGAUCCUACCAUCAAUGCAUGUGACUGCUUGUGAAAAUAGUAAACUGUUCCGUAAGGCAUGUCAUUGAAACAGUAUUAUUUGCAGUAAUACCAGCAGGUAAAAACAUGGGGAUGAGUAACUAUUUACCACAAUGCAUAUGCUUCAUACACAGUGUUUCUAGAAGUCAUUUGAAACACAAUACUAUUUAAUUUGGUUUUAUUAAAAUAGAUGUCUUCUGUAUGUCAUGAACUGUUUCCUUCCAGAUCCGUAGUCCUGCAGCAUACAAAUUGGAAGGAAAUACCAAGCCAAUGCUUUUAAAGUUGAUAUAUGAAAUAGUGCUUUUUAUCUGUAAAAUUAAAAAAGUAUUUGGGGAUUUAUAUGCAAAAAACAUUCCACUACUUCUAGGAAGAAACUGAAAUGUUAAUUCAGCUGGACAUGAAAAUGUACAUUCCUCAAGCUUAUUGAGAAUGCCUUAUUCUGAAUUUUCCUAUUUGAUAUACAGCAUUUUAAUGACAACCAAAAUUACUCAAAUUUAUGCCAUUUCAUUCUCUAGCAAAGUGUUAACAAAACAAAGUGAUAUAUUGAAAGAGGGUCAGAGUGGAUGCAAAUUUUUAAAAUAUUAUUAUAUUUAUUCACUGACUUCUGAACUGUGCAGCUAGAAGAUAUUUUGAUAGGGCCUAAGGGAAUAAUUAGCAGUUACAUAAGUUGUAAAUGCUCAAAGGAAGCUAUUCCAUAAUUUACUGAAUUUGCUCUGGGGAAAUGAACUUAUAUGAGGUCUGGGACCAAGCAAGCAUAAUCUAGUUGCUUCCUAAAUAGCUGAACCUCAGGAGUAACCAGUUUCUGCAUAAUUAGUCCAGAUUUUCCUAACAAAGGGCCCCUCCUGUGAAGUGAUCCACCACCACAGAUCUCUCAUUCAUCCAGAGCUCCUGUGUUUAAGUUAAAAGCUGUGUGCAUGGAUCAGCUUGCAAAAUUAUGGCUAGGCUCUUCAGUAAUCUUGAAGUUUUAUUGAAUGUAAUUGAUAGGAAUUGAAAAACCUGACAUGCAUCAGUAUGUACGACCAUUUACAUCUAUCUGUUAUCACUUUGAUAGCAACUGUCAUCAAUAUUACAUACAUGGCAAAAACAUGAUGUACAACGUCAUUUGUGUUUGUGAAACUUUUUAAUACUGUUAGCUACCUAACACCCUAACUCAAAGUUUCUCUUUAAUUGUUUUUAUGUUAAUAGGCCUUGCAAAGCUCACCUUGAAAAAAAUAAGUAAUUAAUAAAACUUUCAGUAGCUGCAUUUCCUGAUUAAAUUAAAUACAUUGUUAUUCAUAUGGUAGGUUUGAGAAAUAAAAUGUAAUCUAGAUUAACAUAAAAAGGAGUAUGAAAGAUACUGUCUUUACUAGAUAAGAAUGCAUGCUGAUGAGUGUAUGGUACUUGAGAUUUUUUUUAUCCAUUUCUUAUAACUCUUUGCAUGUGUACGAACAGGUUUGCUAAUUAAGAGUGUCUGAAAUUUAAAGUACAUAUAUCCAUCCUUUUUCCAGGUGACACACUUAGAGGUCAGAUGAAAUAGCUUUUGGAGCAUUUUAUCUGUGUACAGGCCAACAAGACACUUUUGCAGAUAUUCCCUAAAAAAAACACACAACCUCCUCCCCAAAACCAACAAAACAAAGGAACCAACCAACCAAAAAAAAAAAAAAACAAAAAAAAAAAACAACCCCAAAAACCCACAAAAAACCACCGAACAACCAAAACCCCAACACUAAGAAUAAUCACCUUAAAAAGACAGCAAAAAAUGAAACAGGUGGAUAUAUCUAUCACCUUCACCAAUCUUUCCUAUCUCCUGUAAGGUGACUGCAGAAGAAAUGCAUUUCUCAGCAACAGGUCUCCUCCACAGGAGGAGAAGUGGUGAAGCCAUCAAAGUUCAGUCAAUGAGGAGAUUCAGCAAGAGGUUGAAUUUCUUUUGAGUUUCCUCCUUUGUUUGGGUUAGUUGCUUCUAAUCUGCAGAAAUGGAGCCAGCUGCACAUUCUUUGAACACUUCUGUGUGUUUGAGUCAAAAUAUGUUCAUCUGUGACAUGGUUUGCUGAGCUAAAAAGUAGUCCCACCUGAUUCUUCACAUUAUUCUUUGCUGAAUUAUGUCAUAGCAUAUCAUAAGUAUGAAUCAGUGCCAUGAAGCUGGAAACCCCAGCGUGACAGCAUAAUCUCAAAGUCAUCUCAGUCUUCUACAUAUAGGCUCUGGGGCUUCAGUUAGUUUUACUUCAUUUAUUAUGCUCAACAUGAAACAACUGAGGAGUCUGGGCUGAAUAAAUUACUCAUAUGUGGCUCAAUGAAGUAGUGUGUUUGGCUUAUGUGACAGUACUAUACAGAAGGAAUAGUGACACAAAGGUGUAUUCAUGUAACUGAAGAAAGAGUGUUAGAUGCAUCAUUUUUACCUGAAAGAUCACUUCCUGGUAGACAUAAUUCUGACAUAAUUCAGACUCAGAAUUGCCACACCCAUGUCUUACUGUAGCUGAAAAACCACACAUGAAAACUACUGGAGGUGGACCAGCUCCACAUCUGUUGUUGAAAUCAGGUAGAACAUUAUUGAUGCUCUUUUCUGUUAAAAUUCUAUGCUUUACAUUUUUCAAAUAUUCAAUAUAUUAGCGAAGUUCAACAAAUACAGAAGGAGAAACCUUGUAAUCUUUUUUAAGAAUUUAACUGUGCAUCUGAGCAGAACUUUUUUUUAAAGGCAAAUUAUAGUAUAGUAUUUGAGAACUAGGCUGAGGAUUUGAUUACUGUUACAUGGCUAACAAUGCCCUGCUUUUGCACAACAGACUUUUUUACAAGUUCAGAACAUUCACUCCAAAGCAAAACAGAUUUCAUAUACUUUCAAUUUUGCUCGCAGUUUUGCAGAUGGCACAGUAAGUUGCACUGCAUAAGCCUGAUGCUGGUUUGCUAGCUGAAGUUUACUUUGCAUUAUGCUAGCAUGUUUUGAAGACACAGACACAAUGUACUAAAACUUUUGAAUGCAAAAGUGCAUCGAGGCAAAAGUUUGUGAUACUGCAUCUGCUUCAGAAGGAGGGCACUAAAGUCUCUGCCCCUGCAGGAAAGCAGGCUGUCUGGUACACAGAGGGAAGUGACAGAAACUUCCCAGCAUCUCCUUUGCAAUGACUGCCUCAGCAAAGAAAGCACAGUGCUCUGAAGUGCAGGAUAAAAGAGGUAACCAAACUUUUGGGAAGGCACUAAGAACAUUACUCAUAGAGUAAUGCACUCGACAGAUUCAAGAGCAGCUGACAAAUCUGACAGUGCAGUGCUGCUGAAACCUGCCAAGUGUCAGAUGUCUCUUCUCCCACUCACUGGCAGCUUACAGCUCUUUCUGGGUGCUCCAUGGGGUCCACGGACUGGAAAAAAAAAGAUGAACCAUAAAGGGAUGCAAACCCAAGAAGUCAUUUGAUCAGAAAUGCAUGUUAACACUUAUUCUUGAAACCAGACUUUCAAAUGGGAAAAUAGAAAACAUCCCUUUAAGUUUUACUCUCUAUAUUAUCGUACAAUGCUCUGAAGUGCUGCUAAGUUCUCAGGCAGGCAGAAAGAAGUAGCUAACACUGUGGAAGCAGCUCUAUACAGCUCAAUAGGAGCAAACACAUACUUCCUAGUAGUAAAUUGCUCUUGAAUCUGUCAGAUGAUUUUAUUCCUGCUCCUUGAGUUGCUUUUGUUCCCUAAAAGAGUGCAUUUGUACAAGUGACUCUGUGAGUCCCCCUGGUGUGGUCUGGCUUCUACUUUCCCUCUUCAUUUCCUAGACUCAUAUUGUUUUCUGGCACCUUCUGUUUCCUUUAUCAAAAGCCUAUAUACCUUGCCAAGAGAAAUAGCUGAGUGCUGUGCAAUAAAUGCAAGACAGAAACAGAAAAGUAUUUAGCAUCUUGAGCUAGUUUCCCAAUAGAAUAUGAAGGCACCUGGGCUGUUGUAGAUGCUUUGACUGUACAAGCUGCUAACACUUGGAGUGAGGCACUCAGAGCAAAGUGACGCAAAGUGGCACAAGAAAAGCACCAUGUCAGGCUCUGAUACACAGUACCAGGAGUCUCUUUCAUCAAUGAUAUAUUUUUAAUUUCCACAGAGAUUUGGUUUAGAUCAACCCAAAGAAGCAAAUCAAACUUAGGAACUCAGAGAAAAA